GCAGGCCCCGCAGUGCAGCUCCUGUAACAGCGGAGGUUUCUCGGAUCGAUCUGAUCGUAUGAGGAGUCAAACAGAGACUCCGAGAGGAAAAGGUUUGGACCAUAAAACUAUCUGAGGAGAGCUGGAGCCAGUGUGUGUCUCCUGCAGGAUGCUGCCUCGGCGGAUGCUGUGGGGCGCUGUGACGCGUCAGGUGACACCGCGGCUGACCUACAGCACUGCUGCACAGCCGCAGGUGAAGCCAAAAAAGACCAAGUUUGGCCCUCUGAGUGACGAAGACCGGAUAUUCACCAACUUAUAUGGCCGGCAUGACUGGAGACUCAAGGGCUCCCUCAAACGAGGAGACUGGUACAAGACUAAAGAGAUCAUCCUGAAGGGACCCGACUGGAUCCUGAACGAGGUGAAAAUCUCCGGGCUUCGAGGCAGAGGAGGAGCAGGCUUCCCCACUGGCAUGAAGUGGAGCUUCAUGAACAAACCCAGUGGUGGCAGGCCAAAGUACCUGGUGGUGAACGCUGAUGAGGGGGAGCCAGGGACAUGUAAAGACCGUGAGAUAAUGCGUCACGACCCUCAUAAACUAAUAGAAGGCUGUCUGAUCGCUGGGAGAGCCAUGGGUGCUCGUGCUGCGUACAUCUACAUCAGAGGAGAGUUUUACAACGAGUCAUCAAAUCUUCAGGUGGCUAUCAAUGAGGCGUACAAAGCAAAGCUGAUAGGGAAGAAUGCCUGCGGAUCUGGGUAUGACUUUGAUGUGUUUGUGAUGCGGGGAGCCGGAGCCUACAUCUGCGGGGAGGAGACAGCCCUCAUCGAGUCUCUUGAAGGCAAACAAGGGAAGCCCAGGCUCAAACCGCCAUUCCCUGCAGACAUAGGGGUGUUUGGAUGCCCGACGACAGUUUCCAACGUGGAGACGGUUGCUGUGGCACCUGCGAUCUGUCGUCGUGGCGGAGCUUGGUUCGCCAGCUUUGGGAGAGAGAGGAACUCUGGGACGAAGCUGUUCAACAUCUCCGGUCACGUGAACACACCAUGCACCGUGGAGGAGGAGAUGUCUAUUCCUCUGAGGGAGCUAAUAGAGAGACACGCAGGAGGAGUGAGGGGCGGCUGGGACAAUCUAUUAGGAGUGAUCCCAGGGGGGUCCUCCACUCCCAUCAUCCCUCGGCACGUGUGUGAUGAUGUUUUGAUGGAUUUUGAUGACCUGGUCCGUGCAGAGACGGCACUGGGAACUGCUGCUGUCAUAGUUAUGGAUAAAUCGACUGAUGUGAUCCGAGCCAUCGCACGCCUGGUUGAGUUCUACAAACAUGAGAGCUGUGGCCAGUGCACCCCCUGCAGGGAAGGAGUCGACUGGAUGGACAAAAUGAUGUGGAGGUUUGUUCGAGGAGAAGCAGCAGCUUCAGAGAUCGACAUGAUCUGGGAGCUGAGCAAACAGAUAGAGGGACACACCAUCUGUGCCCUGGGAGACGGAGCUGCCUGGCCUGUGCAGGGACUGAUCCGCCACUUCAGGCCCGUCAUGGAGAGCCGCAUCGCUCAGUAUAACAAGAAAAACCCUCCGAGAGAGCCGGUGAUUGAGAUGAUCUGAAACUGUGCAGGGGUCCAUUUCAACAGCAACACUAGCUCAUUGUACUGUACGGCAUUGUGUAUACUAUUUUUUAAUAUAGUUUUUAGAUAUCAAAGUAAUUCUGUACUAUUUAAGAAUUCACACUGCAAGUUCUUCUGCUUAAAAUUAAAAUUUCUCCCAACUUUAAAAACUAUGA